AGAAAUAGACGAGAGAGAGAGAGAGAGAGAGAGAGAGAUACUAUGAAGGAAGAGAGAGACGCAAAUCCAGAACAGAGCCGGCGUCGAUGAUGCAAGGACUCCACCACCAGCAGCAACAGCUAGCGACUCUCCUCAAUGUAGCUCUCCCCAAAGCCGUCAGCGGCGGCGGCGAUUCAACCACCACCACCGCCUCCGCCUCUUCUGCCCCUUCCUCCAUCAAUAAUAACAACCCCUCCGCCGUCGCGGCCGCCGCCGCCGCCAAAGAAGAAGACGAGGCCUCCCGUCUGGCCGCCAUAAACUCUCUCCACCGCGCCAUUCUUUACCCCCCCAAUUCACUUCUCGUCACUCACACCGCCUCUUUCCUCUCCCAGGGCUUCUCUCAACUUCUCUCCGACAAAUCGUACUCUGUGCGUCAGGCAGCAGCUACAGCCUAUGGGGCUUUGUGUUCCGUGCUAUGUUCAAUCCUUGUAUCGUCAAAUGGAAGGCAGAACCAUGUCAUACUUAGCAGUUUGGUUGACCGGUUCAUCAGUUGGGCACUGCCAUUGCUUAAAAAUGUCAAUACUGGAGACGGGACUACAGAAUUGGCUGUGGAAGGUCUUCGCGAGUUUCUUAGCGUCGGAGAUGUUGCUGCAAUCGAGAGAUAUGCCCUACCGAUUCUUAAAGCAUGCCAAGAACUUCUUGAGGAUGAGAGAACCUCCUUGAGUUUACUACAUCAGCUUUUGGCUGUUUUGACUCUCAUUUCUUUGAAAUUUUUUAUUUACUUUCAACCCAAUUUUGUGGACAUUGUUGAUCUGCUUCUUGGGUGGGCAAUGAUACCGGACCUUGCUGAGUCUGAUAGACGUGUUAUUAUGGAUAGCUUCUUGCAGUUCCAGAAACAUUGGGUCAAUAGUCUGCAGUUUUCUUUGGGAUUGCUGUCGAAGUUCUUGGGCGACAUGGAUUUACUGCUUCAGGAUGGAAGUCAUGGCACCCCACAACCAUUUCAGAGAUUGCUUGCUUUGCUGUCAUGCUUUUGUACCGUUUUGCAGUCAACAGCUUCUGGUUUGCUAGAGAUGAAUUUACUUGAACAAAUAAUUGAUCCUCUUAGCAAAAUGAUUCCUCUGUUGUUGGGAUGUUUAUCCAUGGUUGGUAGGAAAUUUGGGUGGUCAAAAUGGAUGUCUGAUUCCUGGAGGUGCCUAACUCUCUUGGCAGAAAUUCUAGGUGAGAGGUUUUCCACCUUUUACCCUGUUGCGGCUGAUGUGUUAUUCCAAAGCCUGGGAAUGGCUAAUUUCAACCAACAUGUUGGGUCUGGGAAGGUUACUUCUUUUCAGGUUCAUGGGGUUCUUAAAACCAAUCUCCAGUUAUUAUCUCUACAAAAUUUUGGCCUCUUCCCAUCAUCUGUACAUAAGAUAUUGCAAUUUGAGUCACCUAUAUCUCAGUUGCGGUUGCAUCCAAAUCAUGUAGUCACAGGAAGUUCUGCUGCUACUUAUAUUUUCUUACUUCAACAUGGGAAGGACGAAGUUGUUGAACAAGCCACAACUUCCUUAAUUGAAGAACUAGAGUUGUUAAAAGGCAUGCUUCAGAGAAUCUCAUGUAACAGGGAUGAGGUCAAUAUUGAAGUUGGUCUGAAAAUUUCUAAGCCUGAGUUGUUUGCGUUGAUUAAGUUUGACCUGAAAGUUCUGUUAAGCUGUGUUUCUGUGGGUGGGGGUAACAGUUUGGUUGCCCGGGCAGAACUUGAUGCUUUGUUCCUCAAGAGAUCAGAAAGACUUGCCUCGUUUACUCUUGAGAAAUUGAAUCCUUUCAGUGUACCAGUUAUGGGUUUUGUGGAGUUGCAAGCUAAUGUUGUCAAGACAUUGGGCCAGCUAACCAUGUUCGAGUUUCUUAACAAGUGCUCCAUAAGGAAACAGAUUAGUAGGAAAAGUUCGGUUAGUAUUGGAAGUGAAGAACCCUUAAUUGAUGACAAUAUGAAGGAUGGACUUCCAAUUCUGAUUUUUGCUCAUUUGCAGAAGUACAGUUUUCUCCUUGUCAAAGCUCUUCAUAAUUUCUCUCCUCUAGCGGUUAAAGUGGAAGCCUUAGAGUGGAUCUCUAAAUUUUGUGAGUGUGUUAGUGGUAUGUGGCAGACUAUGAAUGCGACAAACCAUCUUUACAAUGGAUGUGGAUAUGUUGGUGUUGGCGUUGUUGGGAAUUUGGUUUUCUCAGUUUUGGAUACUGCAUCAGAUAGGGAACCAAAAGUGAGAUCUCAUGUUGCACUAGUUUUAGAGCAGCUUCUGCUGGCAAAACUUGUUGAGCCUACACACUUGGAUGCCAUAGCUGAAGUGGUCCUUGAAAGACUUGGUGAUCCAGAUAGUGAGAUAAAAAAUUCCUAUGUAAGGUUGCUUAACGAUGUGUUGCCCAUUACGAUGUACAUAUGUGGUUUACACGAUUUGGGAGCAGUUAACACUUGUAGGCGUAGCAUUCCUAGGUUAGAUAAUAGUUGUAACUUGUGCUGGAGGCAAGUAUUUGCACUUAAGCAACUUCCUCAACAUCUUCACUCACAACACCUUGUUUCCAUCUUGAGUUUCAUUUCACAAAGGUGGAAGGUGCCUCUUUCUUCUUGGAUUCAACGGCUGAUUCAUACUUGCAAGAGUUCAAAGGGCUUUUCUUCAGCUCAACUAGAUGAAACAAGAAACGUGGACGGCAUAGCGUUGGAAAUUAAAGUGGAGGAAGAUAUCCUUGAGAGAAUAUGCUCUGUAAAUAUUCUUGCCGGUGCUUGGUGGGCUAUACAUGAAGCGUCUAGAUACUGCAUCACCACACGUCUUCGCACGAACCUUGGUGGGCCCACCCAAACUUUCGCAGCGUUAGAGCGCAUGCUUUUGGACAUCGCACAUGUGCUACAGCUUGAUUCUGAGCAAAAUGAUGGGAGCUUGAGUAUUAUAAGUUCUUCUUACGCUCGCUUAUUACCAAUGAGGUUAUUAUUGGAUUUUGUCGAGGCCCUGAAGAAAAAUGUAUAUAAUGCCUACGAAGGAUCGACUGUCUUACCGUCUGCUUCACGCCAGAGCUCCUUAUUCUUUCGGGCAAAUAGAAAAGUCUGUGAGGAGUGGUUUUCUCGUAUAUGUGAGCCAAUGAUGAAUGGUGGAUUGGCUCUGCAAUGUCAUCAUGCUACAAUCCAGUAUUGUACUUUGCGUUUGCAGGAGCUUAGGAAUCUUGUGGAUUCAGCUUUGAAUGACAAGCCUAGAGCUCAGGUGGCUGAGAACAUCCAGAAUAUCAGGGGCAGAUUUUCUGAGGAUAUCCUGAGGGUUCUACGACACAUGGCAUUGGCUUUGUGCAAAAUACAUGAAUCAAAUGCUUUGAUUGGCCUGCGGAAAUGGGUUACCAUGACGUUCUCUUCAUUUCUUAUGGACGAGAACCAUAAUGAGAGUAAUGCCGAGGACUUGGGACCUUUUUCCUGGAUCUCAGGACUUGUUUAUCAAGCAGAAGGCCAGUAUGAAAAGGCUGCCGCUCAUUUUACUCAUUUGUUGCAGGCAGAGGAGUCACUCAGUUCUAUGGGUUCUGACGGGGUCCAAUUUGCUAUUGCACGGAUUAUUGAGAGUUUUGCCGCAGUUUCUGAUUGGAAGUCUUUAGACUCUUGGCUAGUGGAGCUGCAAAGGCUUCGAUCUAAGCAUGCUGGGAAGAGUUACUCUGGUGCACUAACUACUGCUGGAAAUGAAAUAAAUGCAAUUCAUGCAUUGGCUAGCUUUGAUGGUGGUGAUUUUCAAGCAUCAUGGGCAUCCCUGGAUUUGACACCUAAAAGUAGCAAUGAACUCACACUUGACCCUAAAUUGGCCCUGCAAAGAAGUGAGCAGAUGCUUUUGCAGGCAAUGCUUCUUCCCAUAGAAGGGAAUGUUGAGAAGGUCUCACAUGAAAUACAAAAGUCAAAGUCAAUGCUGGAGGAAGUAAUAUCAGUUUUGCCCCUUGAUGGGUUGUCAGAGGCUGCAUCAUAUGCGACCCAGUUACACUGCAUUUUUGCUUUCGAAGAAAGUUGCAAGCUUAAAGGAGGCCAAGACAAACUACUUCAGUCUUUACUGGGUUCAUACAUCCAAGUACUGCAAUCUCCUAUCAACCGAGUUCAUCAGGAUUGCAACAUUUGGCUAAAAGUUCUCCGGGUUUACCAGAAAAUCCUUCCAACUUCACCAGUGACUGUAAACCUCUCUAAGAACUUAUUAAGUUUGGCCCGCAAGCAAGGAAACCUAGGGUUAGCAAACCGUCUUAAUGACCAUGUCAGAGAUCAUGCACUAUCUUGCCAUGAAGGGAGAUAUCGUGAUUUCCUCAUGAAAAGUUUGCAGUACGAGGGUAUCUUGCUGAUGCAUGCUGAAAACAGGCUUGAAGAUGCUUUCACAAAUCUUUGGUCAUUUGUACGACCUUUUCUAGUUUCUUCUUCUUCCUCUGUUGUUUCUGACGCUGAUCACAAUGUUUUGAAUGCGAAGGCAUGCCUGAAAUUUUCAGAUUGGUUGAGAAGGGAUUUUUCAAAUCCGAGUUUGGAGAGUAUUAUCCCCAAAAUGCUGGUGGAUUUCAGCAAAUCUGAUCUUUCUUCUCUUGGCAGAGGGGCAAUUACCUUCAGUGGUGAUAACACAAGCUCUCAACCAAAUCUGGGUCUUCUUGUUGAGGAACUUGUGGGGACCAGUACAAAGUUGUCCUCUCGUCUCUGCCCCGCCUUUGGAAAGUCAUGGAUUUCUUAUGCCUCAUGGUGUUAUAGUCAAGCCAGAGCAUCUCUCUGUGCCCCAAUUGACACCGCCCUCCAUUCAUGCUCUUUUUCUUCCAUUCUCGCUCCAGAUGUACUACCGGACAGGUUUAGGUUAACUGAGGAAGAGUUGUUAAAGGUUGAAUCUAGUGUUUUGCAGCUUGUCCAGAAAAGGGGCAACUCGGACGAUAUCAAUGAGGGAGGGGUUGAGUCUAACUUUCAGCUUGAAUCUUCAGAUAACUUGAGGAAUAAUAACCAUAUGAAGGCCUUGGUGCAGGAGGCAGUGAACAUAAUUGAAUUUGCAGCUGCAGCGCCGGGAACAGAAAGUUCUGGUGGCGAAUGCCUUUCUUCUUUGCUGACUUCUCAAUUGCAGAAAUGCUUUCUAUCUGCAAAUGUUGGCCCUAAUGAAUCUGCGGUAUAUUCCUGCGUUGAUGAUCUAAUUGAUGUUUGGUGGGCUUUGAGGAGGAGAAGGCUUUCUCUCUUUGGGCAUGCAGCUCAAGCUUUCAUAAACUACCUUUCAUAUUCAUCCUCCAAGCAUUGUGAUGGGCAAUUAGCUUUCUCCACUGGUGAAUCUUCGAAUCAAAAGGCUGUGAGCUACACACUGAGGGCUACGUUAUAUGUCUUGAAUAUUCUUCUCAACUAUGGAGUGGAGUUGAAAGAGACCCUUGAACCAGCUCUUUCUAAGGCUCCAUUGUUGCCAUGGCAGGACGUAACACCCCAAAUCUUUGCUCGGUUAAGUUCUCAUCCGGAACAAGUUGUUCGAAAACUAUUGGAGGGCUUAUUGAUGAUGCUUGCAAAACUAUCUCCUUGUUCCAUUGUAUACCCAACGCUUGUUGACGUAAAUGCUUGUGAGCAGGAAACUUCGGAGGAGCUUCAGCAUAUAUUAGCUUGUUUGAGUAAGCUUUAUCCCAGACUGAUUCAGGAUGUCCAGCUUGUGAUAAAAGAUUUGGAAAAUGUGACUGUCCUUUGGGAGGAAUUAUGGCUCAGCACGCUACAAGAACUUCAUGCAGACGUGAUGAGACGUAUAAAUCUUCUGAAAGAGGAGGCUACACGAAUUGCGGAUAAUGUAACUCUCAGUCAUAGUGAGAAGAUCAAAAUAAACUCUGCAAAGUACUCAGCCAUGAUGGCACCCAUUGUUGUAGCCUUAGAGCGUCGUUUGGCUUCCACUUCUCGGAAACCUGAAACGCCUCAUGAGAUAUGGUUCCAUGACGAGUAUAGGGAACAAAUUAAAUCAGCCAUCUUAAACUUCAAGACUCCUCCGGCAUCAGCUGCAGCACUUGGGGAUGUGUGGCGACCAUUUGACAACAUUGUUGCUUCAUUGGCAUCUUAUCAGAGGAAGUCAUCGUUAUCUCUUGGACAAGUUGCACCUAAUUUGACUCGGCUAUCAUCUUCUGAUGUUCCAAUGCCUGGUCUUGAGAAGCAAAUCACAAUGUCUGAAUCUGAUGGGACUCCUCAGGGAAUUGUCACAAUAGUGUCUUUCACUGAACAACUAGCUAUCUUAUCAACCAAGACUAAACCCAAAAAACUUGUUAUACUGGGUUCAGAUGGUCAGAAGUACACGUAUCUUCUUAAAGGGCGAGAAGACCUGCGUCUUGAUGCUAGAAUCAUGCAGUUGUUGCAAGCUAUUAAUGGUUUUUUGCAUUCGUCAGGUGCAAUUUCAAGUCGGUCCCUUUCAAUUCGCUACUAUUCGGUAACCCCGCUUAGCGGUCGAGCUGGUCUUAUCCAGUGGGUGGACAAUGUUACAAGUGUAUACAGUAUCUUUAAGUCAUGGCAGAACCGUGCUCAGCUAGCACAAACGCAGGGAUUGGGUGCUGGCAAUAUGGAAGAUUCAAUGCCCCCAGCUGUUCCCCGACCAAUUGAUAUGUUCUAUGGUAAAAUCAUACCAGCACUUAAAGAGAAAGGCAUAAGAAGAGUAAUAUCACGAAGAGAUUGGCCUCAUGAUGUCAAACGGAAAGUUCUUUUGGAUCUUAUGAAGGAGGCUCCUAAGCAACUUCUUCAUCAAGAACUUUGGUGUGCUAGUGAAGGAUUCAAAGCCUUCAGCUUGAAAAUGAGGAGAUAUUCUGGUACCAUGGCAGCAAUGAGCAUGGUUGGCCACAUCCUAGGCUUAGGCGACAGGCAUCUGGAUAAUAUUCUUAUCGAUUUUACUACUGGGGACAUUCUGCAUAUUGAUUAUAAUGUGUGCUUUGAUAAAGGGCAAAGAUUAAAGAUUCCUGAAAUUGUGCCCUUCCGCCUGACCCAGACAAUGGAAGCAGCUUUAGGGUUGUCUGGGAUUGAAGGCAACUUUAGAGCAAACUGUGAAGCUGUUCUUGGUGUUUUACGGAAGAAUAAGGACAUUAUAUUGAUGUUGUUAGAAGUAUUUGUUUGGGAUCCACUGGUGGAAUGGACACGUGGAGAUUUCCAUGACGAUGCAGCAAUCAUAGGUGAAGAAAGAAAGGGCAUGGAGCUGGCAGUUAGCUUGAGUCUGUUUGCAUCCCGUGUUCAAGAAAUCCGUGUUCCAUUGCAGGAGCAUCACGAUCUUCUACUUAGUUCCUUGCCGGCUGUUGAAUCUGCACUUGAGAGGUUCGCGAACAUUCUAAAUCAAUAUGAGCUGGUUUCUGCUCUUUUUUAUCUGGUUGAUCAAGAGAGGUCUAACCUUGUUCUGCAUGAGACAUCUGCAAAGUCCAUUGUUGCUGAAGCAACGUGUAAUUCAGAGAGGACCCGUGCCUCAUUUGAAAUACAGGCUAGGGAAUUCACUCAAGCCAAGGCGGUGGUAACAGAGAAAGCGAAAGAGGCAACAGCUUGGAUGGAGCAACAUGGAAUGAUCCUUGAUGCUUUACGAAGCAGUUCAAUUUCGGGAAUCAAAGCCUACUUACAACUGACAGGUACUGAGGAAGCAUUGUCUCUUACAUCUGCUGUCCUCGCGGCUGGUGUUCCAUUGACUAUUGUUCCGGAGCCCACACAAGUUCAAUGUCAUGAUAUAGAUAGAGAAGUUUCUCAGCUCAUUGCUGAAAUGGAUCAUGGACUUUCUUCUGCUGUAACAGCCGUCCAAGAGUAUUCUUUGGCUUUGCAACGUAUUCUACCAUUAAAUUACCUCACAAGCAGCCCAGUGCAUGGUUGGGCACAAAUUUUGGAACUUUCUGUAAAUAGCCUUUCCUCUGAUAUCUUAUCCCUUGCGAGAAGACAGGCUGCUGAGCUGAUUUCAAAAAAUCAUGGAGAUGGAUUCGAGUCUAGUAGGAGGAGUUAUGAUGAUCUGUGUCUAAAAGUGGAGAAAUAUGGGGAAGAGAUAGAGAAAAUUGAGCAAGAAUGUGCUGAACUUCUGAGCUCGAUUGGCUUAGAGACUGAAUCAAGAGCUAAGGAUCGGCUUCUCUCUGCUUUUACCAAGUACAUGCAGUCUGCUGGCCUACCAAGGAAAGAAGAUGCAAGAUUGCAAGGGGAGCUAGAAGAUAAGAGGGAGAAGGUGCUGACUGUCUUAAAUAUAGCAGUGACUUCUAUAUAUAGUGAGGCUAAGCGUAGAAUGCUUGACAUAUUUGGCAGUUCCACAUAUAGUAUGGGUAGAAGUACAGGAAGUGUGCUGCAGUCUGAUCUUGUAAUUAUUUUUGGUGACUUGGAAGAGCAAAUUGAGAAAUGCGUAUUGGUAGCAGGAUUUGUAAGUGAACUAUGGCAUUUUAUUGGGAGUUUAUCUAUUGUUGACCGAGACGGUAAUGGUUCAAAUAAUUUUGUCCAAAGGAACUGGGCGUCCGUUUUCAAAACUAGUUUGUUCUCUUUUAAGAACUUGGUUGGGCAAAUGAUUGAAGUUGUUUUACCGGAUUUGAUAAGAUCUGUUGUAUCUUUCAAUUCAGAAGUUAUGGAUGCAUUUGGAUCUCUCUCACAAAUCAGGGGAUCCAUUGAUACAGCACUGGAGCAGCUGGUUGAGGUUGAAUUAGAGAGGGUAUCUUUAGUUGAAUUGGAGCAGAAUUACUUUGUUAUGGUUGGUCACAUCACUGAGCAGCAGUUGGCUCUUGAAGAAGCUUCUAUGAAGGGUAGGGAUCAUCUUUCUUGGGAAGAAGCUGAAGAACUUGCCUCUCAAGAAGAAGCUUGUAAAGCACAGCUGGACAAACUCCAUCAAACGUGGAACCAGAAGGACAUGCGAACUUCUUCUCUGCUGAAGAGGGAAGCUAGUGUUAGAAAUGCUCUGAUUUCUGCUGAAAUGCAUUUUCAAUCCCUAGUGGGUGCUGAAGAGGAGGGUGACUCGCACAUCGUAAGGAGCAAAGCUCUUUUGGCGGCACUUGUUCAGCCCUUUUCUGAGUUGGAAUCAAUUGAUAAGGUAUUGGCUACACUUGGUCGCCCGUUUGCUUCUUGCUCCAAUGGUAUUUCUUAUCUUUCAGACUUGAUGACUUCCGGUUGCCCCUUAUCUGAAUACAUCUGGAAGUUUCCCAACUUACUGAACAACCACUCGUACUUUAUUUGGAAAGUUGGUGUUAUGGAUUCUUUUCUUGAUUCCUGUAUACAUGAUACAGCUUCAUCUGUUGAUCAAAACUUGGGAUUUGACCAGCUUCUCAGUCAAGAGAAGAAAAAGCUUGAACUUCAACUUCAAGGACAUAUAGGCCAAUACUUGAAAGAGCGAGUUGGUCCUAUUCUGUUGGCUACAUUAGACAAAGAAAUUGAACAAUUAAAGCAAAUGACGGAAAUGACAAACGAUGUCGCUUUUGAUCAAGCGAGGAAAGAUUUCGGGGCUGUAAGAAGGGUUCAACUUAUGCUUGAGGAAUACUGCAAUGCUCAUGAAACUGUUAGAGCAGCUAGGUCAGCCGCUUCUCUCAUGACAAGGCAGGUGAAUGAACUUAAAGAGGCUCUUCACAAGACAAGCCUAGAGAUUGUUCAGAUGGAAUGGGCGCAUGAUGUUAUCGCGAAUCCAUUACAUACCGUCAGGCUCAUCUCUCAUAAAUUUCUUGCAAGUGAAGAUAACUUAAUUUCAGCAGUCCUAAACCUCAGUAGGCCUAAAUUGUUGGAAAGUAUACAAUCUUCUGUGUCAAAAAUAGCUAGGUCAAUGGAGGGCCUACAAGCUUGUGAAAGAACAACUGUUGCAGCAGAAGGGCAGCUUGAAAGAGCUAUGGGGUGGGCCUGUGGUGGUCCAAAUUCCAGUUCGAUGGGAAGUUCCACAGCAAGGAAUUCAGGAAUACCUCCUGAAUUCCACAACCAUCUUGUGAGACGACGACAAUUGUUGGGGGAAGCUCAAGAAAGGGCAUCAGACAUCAUCAAAAUCUGUAUGUCAGUAUUGGAGUUUGAAGCAUCAAGAGAUGGCAUUUUUCGGACUUCAGGAGAUCUUUAUCCCUUUUCGAGUGGUGCUGAUGGAAGGACAUGGCAGCAAGCUUACUUGAGUGCAUUAACAAGAUUGGAUGCCACUUACCAUUCUUUUACUCGUGCUGAGCAAGAGUGGAAGCUUGCGCAGAUCACCAUGGAUGCUGCUUCCAAUGGCUUGUUUUCUGCGGCUAAUGAACUCAGCAUUGCCUCUGUGAAAGCAAAAUCGGCUUCAGGCGAUUUGCAAAGCACUCUUGUUGCAAUGAGGGAUUGUGCCUAUGAAGCCAAUGUGGCACUAUCUUCUUUUGGGCGUGUUAUAAGGAGCCACACUGCAUUGACUUCCGAGUGUGGUUCCAUGCUUGAAGAGGUCCUGGCAAUAACUGAAGGUCUGCAUGAUGUCCACAGUUUGGGGAAGGAGGCUGCUGCAGUACAUUCUUCUCUCAUGAAAGAUCUGUCUAAGGCAAAUACAAUCCUGCUUCCUCUCGAAUCCGUGUUAUCUAAAGAUGUUGCUGCUAUGACUGAUGCUAUGGCGAGGGAAAGAGACACCAAAAUGGAAAUAUCUCCAAUUCAUGGUCAAGCCAUAUACCAGUCUUAUUACAUAAGAAUUAAAGAGGCUUAUCAGACUUUUAACCCCUUGGUGCCAUCUGUCACUAUCUCUGUGAAGGGAGUCCAUUCCCUGUUGACCAGAUUGGCUCGAACUGCAAGUCUUCAUGCAGGAAAUCUUCAUAAGGCUCUUGAAGGACUAGGAGAAAGUGAGGAAGUGAGGUCGCAGGAGAUAAAUUUGUCGAGGCCAGAAGCUGCAGUAAAUGAUAGUGACUACUUUAGUAAGGAGGGAGAGUUCUUCUCCAAAUCGGAUGGAGAAAGUGGCGAGGAAUCUCUUGGAGUGAGUGGACUAUCUUUACAAGACAAAGAGUGGAUAUCUCCUCCAGAUAGCAUCUGCAGUAGUAGCUCAGAGACUGGUGCCAUGUCAGCAGAAGGAAGUCCUGAAGAUAGCUUCAAUGACCCAGAAGUUCAACAACUAGUACAUAGUUUGAGAAGCAUGGAGGCCAAAAGAUCUUUGGAAUCCACUCUAAUGUCUGGAACUGAGUCGGAAGAAACUUUGCCUCAUGAGCAGUCAGAAUUUAAACAGGCUAGUAAUGGUGAUACUGGUUCUAUAGAUGAAUGUCAAAAACUAGGGGAAUCAGCAUAUGAUGAAUCUGUUUCUGGGGUUGCUGAGAAUAAGAAAAACCUACAGGUGAAGUCUGGGCUUAAAGAUGAAUAUUCUGCAUUAAACCAAGAGAAGAAUGGAGAUGAACAUGGCGAAACUCCAUUUCCUAUAACUGACGGUGGAAAUCGAGUAUGCAGGGGUAAAAAUGCUUAUGCAUUGUCAGUUCUAAAGCGAGUCGAAAUGAAGCUAGAUGGCCAAGAUAUUGCCGACAACAGAGAAAUCAGUAUUGCAGAGCAAGUGGAAUAUCUACUUAAGCAAGCAACCAGCGUGGAUAAUCUUUGCAAUAUGUAUGAAGGUUGGACUCCUUGGAUUUGAGGUUUGAGAAGCAUGCUCAUAGAAAAUCUGUCGUGUUUGAAACCUUUCAGCCCUGGCAUCCCAUAUUUAUAGGCUUCCCGGUUAGGCCAUUCUGAUUUCUUGGCUCCUUCUCGGAUGAAGCGCAACAGCAUUUGGUUGAAAUAUCUCACGGGAUCCCACCACCCUCUUUCAAAGACCAACCUUGGGAUCAGUGGUUUCUGUGGCCGAGUAGAACUCCAAAUCAGCUUCAAACCUUGAGCAAUUGUCUUGUGAGGCCAACACCUGUGGAUUGCCUCUUUGCUUGUUUGUAGGAAGAUCACAGCUUGUCAAGUGCUUUCCAACUUUGCCGGUUGAGGGCUCGCGAAGGAGGUAUUUGUUCUUGUUUCUGCAGCUGGAAUGAAUUUGCUUUAGUGGAAACAGCUUAUCCAUUCGGAUCCCCAUUGCUGGAAUGCUUUUUCUUAAAGAAACCGGCUUAUAUUCUGUUACACCAUUUUUAUUGGGGGUUGAACGAGAGAUACGGUCAAUAGAAUGUGCUUUUCAGAGGAUUACAACCCUUGAUAAGCGUCUGUCGGAAGAUUAGAAUUGCUGUUCUUUGCUGUUCUUUAUCUCGGGGAUGGGGUGUGCAAUUCUCGGGGCAAUGUCAGUUGGUGGAAUUGUCAGACUAGCUAAUCAAUUUGAACACCACAUUCCAAUGAGUCCAUGUUCUAUGUUUUUUUUUUUGGUAACUAUCUUCUAUGUUGUAAUUUCAGUCACCUUUAAUUAACUUCAUCAUCUCCCAAGGCAGCUUUUGUACAGUAAUUUUCUGGAUUGUUUGCCAGGGGCAGGGCAGACUGUAUUUGCUUCUGUAUGUUGUCCUACUCCUUCCUGUAUUUUAGACAUGGUCCAAACUUCAAUUAGUUUGACAUAUUCAGCAUUCAAUAGUUGCACGAUGCUUUGGUUUUGAGUGCU